GUAUAAAACUGCUGUUGGGAAAAUACGAAUUCACAACAUCCUCCUGAUCUCCACUUGAAUACUUGGUGCUAUAGUUCUAAAGGCUUCAAGAUGAGGGUUUCCAUUUUAGCAUUCAUCUUAGGAUUCAUCGCCUACGCAUAUGCAGGAAGUCUAUACCUUCCUCCCUUCCGAAGCUCUUCGUCGGGAGGAUCAAUUGGGGGACCACAACCAAACGGAGGCUUUGGCGCCCAAACAUACUCCUCCAAUAGUGCCAAGCAAAUCCCUAUUCUCACUUACAACGCUGACAACAGCGGCGAAGGCUCUUACAGAUACAACUACGAAACUGGCAACAGCAUCACCGCAGAAGAACAAGGAGAAGCCAGAGGCGAUGGCACUAAAGCUCAUGGAUCCUACUCGUAUAUUUCUCCUGAAGGCGAACACAUCUCCAUUACUUACACAGCUGAUGAGAAUGGAUUUGUUGCGCAAGGAUCCCACAUUCCAACUCCGCCCCCAAUUCCAGAAGCCAUCUUGAAAUCUCUGCAGGAAAAUGCUGCAGCUGAAGCUAGAGGAGUUGUUGACGAUGGCCAAUACCGCGGAGAAGGAUUAAGCGAAGGACAAUACAGAGGAGAAGGCCAAGGAUCUUCAUUCAGGAGGCCCAAUGGAGGAUCUGGAGGAACUGGGGGAUCGGGAGGUUAUGCCGCAAACGGCGGCUAUAGAUAUUGAUCGGUUUUUUAACGGAGUGUGUCUAUUUAAUCUUCAGCAAAUGCUAAAAUACAAGUGAUCAAGUUGAA